UCUGCAUAGUAGAAAUUGACAUUUGGUAAUGUCAUGAGGACAAAAUAAAUACAAGAACUAUGUUAAUUCAUCAAAAUUGUUGUAACUUUCUUUUUGAAGUUUAUAUCAAAAUAUUAUUUCAUUAAUAUUUUUCAAGUUACUCAAUUCCAUUAUUUUAACAUAUGGUAACGGUGAAACAUGUUAAAGUUUGGCUCAAAACAUGAUAGCAAUAUUGUUUUCAAAUGUACUGUAAGACUUUUAGAAGACACAGAAAUUUUAGAAUGCGAGUAUAAGCCUCAUCAUAAGGGUAAAUAUUUAUUAGAAUAUGUUUGCCAGCAGUUGAAUCUCAUUGAACAAGAUUAUCUGGGAUUACGAUAUGUGGACAAUCAAGAUCAGAGACACUGGCUGGAUUUAGGAAAGUCGAUCUGCAAGCAAGUUAAAGAUCUGGACCCAGUUUUAUUUAGUUUUCGUGUGAAAUUUUACCCUCCAGAUCCGUCAGGGGAGCUUGGUGAUUAUGAUCCAGAAAUUCAUGUUGGCAAUUAUAUAUCUGAAAUGAAAAUCUUUUUGAAACAGACAGAAGCAAUAGAAGAAAAGGCAAUGGAAAUCCACCAGAAACAACUCAAAGGCCAGAGUCAGAGUCAGGUGGAGCAGGCUUUUUUAAAAAUAGCUUGUCAUCUUGACUCCUAUGGAGUUGAUCCUCAUCCUGUAAAAGACCACAAAAGAAGUCAGCUCUACCUAGGUAUAAAUUACAGUGGGAUUUUGACUUUCCAAGGAAGUAGAAAAACACAUCACUUCAGGUGGCCUGAUAUACAAAAAAUAAAUUAUGAAGGAAAAAUGUUUAUCAUUCAUUUAAAUUACAACGAUAAAAAACAUACUGUUGGAUUCAAAUGCCCAUCUGGGCAAGCCUGUCGACAUGUAUGGCGUUGUGCAAUUGAACAGAUGCUUUUUUUUACUUUGCCAACUAGCUCGGAUGCGCCAUCUGUUGUCACCGGAGGCGGAUUUUUUUCUUGGGGAACAAAGUUCAAGUACACUGGCCGGACUGAGAAGGAAAUUCUGGGGGAUAACGGAAGUCCGGGACGAGAAGAGCCAACUAUUCAACGAUCAUCUAGCGUCAGGCGAAAAGCUUCUAGUGUACCUGCAACUCCGUCUACUCCCCUUCAGCCUCAUUUAGGUUAUUGUAGUUUACCUAGAUCUAGUCACUCAGAUGUAGGUGGCUCCCGUAUGGAGUCUAGUAGUAGUACUGGACUGCUCUCUGGUUUGGAUGGUAAUGCCUCCCAAGCUUACAGUGAUGUUGCUGCCUUAGAAACUGUAUCGGAAGAUCAAGAAGCAAUAGGUGCUGUGAAACUUCGCACCACAGUGUUGAAAGACGAUUCCAUAGAUCGUUUCAGCGAUUUUUACUUUCGUGAUUCGUUUGAACAUUCCUCGUCUGAAUCUCAGCUGAUAGAUAAUAGCUAUCGAGGGUAUGACACAAGAAAUCCAUCCCAUCGUUCCAGUCGUAGCCAAACUCCGUUGUCCCAUUCUCAGGUAGACGGGCGUAUUUGCCUGCCAAAUACAACAAACCCAGUACAUACCAAUACGAAGAAAUGGUCCAUGCAACUAGAUCCACCUGAAGUCCUGUACUGGUUUCAGUUGCCAAUCUCAACCUUUGUUAGCAUUUAAGAGACAAAUUCAGAUGUUAAGUUGUUUUUGUUUCCCUGGCAGGUAUUCAGUAAUUCAUUUCUGUGGAAAUUUCACUGUCCAAAAGUUGUUCAUUUGUGAGUUUUUGCCAAAUCCCAGAAAAGUUUCUGUAUCUUAUACAAAAGUAACUCUUUCCAAAACCCAUACAGUUGAAUUAAAAUGUUUACUGUUA